UUCUUCAUUUCCAUGGCACGGGAGCCGAGUUAUGCCAAACCACUACCGGCUAUCAGUAGCUUUCUAUGAGGAAAACUGGUCUGAGCUUUUGUUCUUCUCUUCAGUUAAAAUCAGUCUAUCGGUUAUUUUUCUUUGUUCUACGCGCUAUACUUAAAAAAAAAAUACAUUUCCAGCAGUUUCUCUAAUUGCCGUUUAACAUUUCAAACACACAUAUCUUUUACUCCUGUUGGUCAUUCGCUAGCAAGCUAGCUACCAUUUUUUCCUCUUUUCCUCCGUGUUUCUACUUUUUCCUGAUAAGGUUUUAUCAGACCAAGAUAGGCGGCUCGGGCGCUAAGAUGUCGAACCGAGUGGUGUGCAGAGAAGCAAGUCAUGCCGGCAGCUGGUACUCCGCUUCAGGGUCCCAGCUGAACGCACAGUUGGAAGGCUGGCUGUCUCAAGCUCAAUCCCCACAAGGACCGGCAAGAGCCAUCAUAGCACCGCACGCUGGUUACACGUACUGUGGAGCGUGUGCAGCUCACGCCUACAAGCAGGUGGACCCUUCCAUCACGCGGAGGGUGUUCAUCCUCGGGCCCUCGCACCACAUCCCGCUGUCCCGCUGCGCCCUCUCCCCCGCCGAGGUCUACAGGACGCCGCUGUACGACCUGAGGAUCGACCAGAAGGUUUACGCUGACCUCUGGAAGACGGGGAUGUUCGAGCGGAUGACCCUGCAGACGGACGAGGACGAGCACAGCAUCGAGAUGCACCUGCCUUACACUGCGAAAGCCAUGGAGAGCCAUAAAGACAACUUUUCCAUCGUCCCAGUGCUAGUGGGAGCCCUGAGCGAGUCCAAAGAGCAAGAGUACGGGAAGCUGCUCAGCAAAUACCUGGCCGACCCCUCGAACCUCUUUGUGAUCUCGUCAGACUUCUGCCAUUGGGGUCAUCGAUUCCGUUACACUUACUACGACGAGGCCCAGGGGGAGAUCUACAGAUCGAUCGAGAACCUUGAUAAGAUGGGCAUGGGAAUUAUAGAACAGCUGGACCCUAUGUCCUUCAGCAACUACCUGAAGAAAUAUCACAACACUAUCUGUGGACGGCACCCCAUCGGAGUGCUGCUAAACGCUGUAGCCGAGCUGAAGAAGACAGGGCUGGACAUGAACUUCUCCUUCCUGAACUACGCCCAGUCCAGCCAGUGCCGGAACUGGCAGGAUAGCUCUGUGAGCUAUGCAGCUGGGGCCCUGACCGUCCACUGAGACCUCCUCCCCACCCCCCUCCCCCUGACCCCCCCCCCCCCUUCUACCACCUCCACCACCAUCUCAGGAAACCACCGCAGCUCCAGCUACCCCCCCCCCCCCCUUCCGUCUCGCACCCCCCCACCCCAUCGCUAGGGGCAACCGUGAAGGUCCGAGGCGCUUGGGUAUCGGCUAUUCGCAGAUGUCUAGCGCGUUUGAGAAAACGGAGCUCCUCCCUGGUUUGACCGGAUCCUGAUGGCCGAGGCGUGCCGACGAACGCGGUCGUGGUUCGCGGUUCCGCGGGGGACGAGCGGGUGUGUGUUUGGGGUCUUAUUUUUCGUGCUGGGAACCAGGUGGAGAGGGGUCGGUGUCCCGGGGUCACACAGGGACGGCAUGGCUCUCGUUUUUCCCCGGCAACAAAUGCAAAAAUAAAAAUAAUAAAAUCCGAGAAAACAAAAAAAAAAAAAAAAGAAAAAACCUGUCCUAUCUUCACAUUGACCGCUCUACUCGGGCCUGGGUACAUGUAACUGCUUCAGUGACAAAAAAAAUGUAUGAAAACCAGAUGAGUUCUGCUGGAUGUAAAAAGGAAAACGAACACAAAGAAGCUCAUUUUUAAUUAAUGAUACCUGAUUAGAAUGCCGACUAGCUAGAUGCAGUGACCGCUGCUGUUUUCCGAUCGCUAGCCAGUAGGUAGCGGACCGCCAACCGUGUACAACUUUGGCCCGCAGCUGUAGUUUGGUAAUAAAAGGGCUUCACACAACCGA